GCUAGCUCGCCCAGCUGACGCCGCGGCGUCCCAGAGACAGAAACCCAGAAGCAGGACGCUCAGUAUCGGACAGUUAAGCUGUACAUCUCCGCCUCCCGGGAUCCGUAACGUUUCCCUCGUGGCCAUAACGGAGAAGAUACAUUUUUCAUGUGUGCACUGGGGCGGGUUUCGACAUUUUAAUGGGAGGCGGCUCGCUUUGGACGGGUGGACAUUGCGGGCGCCAGUUGCGAAGAAGAACGCGGGGGUCCUGGCUACUACCUGUCGGGCUCAGAUGGAGUCUCUGGCCGGCUACGUGUACAAGGCAGCCAGCGAGGGCCGAGUCUUGACCCUGGCCGCGCUGCUGCACAACCACUCCGACGGGGAGAUCCGGUACCUGCUGAGCUACGUGACCCAGGUGGCCGGGCAGAGGUCCACUCCGCUGAUCAUCGCAGCCCGGAACGGACACGACAAGGUGGUCCGGCUGCUCGUGGACCACUACAAGGUGGACACCGAACAGACCGGCACGGUUCGCUUUGACGGCUACGUCAUCGACGGGGCCACGGCGCUGUGGUGUGCAGCGGGGGCGGGGCACUUUGAGGUGGUGCGCCUGCUGCUGAGUCACCGUGCCAACGUUAACCACACCACCAUCACUAACUCCACCCCGCUGCGGGCCGCCUGCUUCGACGGGCGACUGGACAUCGUCCACUACCUGGUGGAGCACAAAGCGGACAUCAGGAUCACCAACAAGUACAACAACACCUGCCUGAUGAUCGCCGCCUAUAAGGGCCACGCCGACGUGGUGAAGUUCCUGCUGGAGCAGGGCGCGGACCCAAACGCCAAGGCCCACUGCGGCGCCACCGCCCUGCACUUUGCGGCCGAGGCGGGCCACCUGGAGAUUGUGACGGAGCUGGUGCGCUGUCAGGCCGGCAUGGUGGUGAAUGGACACGGCAUGACGCCACUGAAGGUCGCGGCAGAAAGCUGCAAAGCAGACGUGGUGGAGCUGCUGCUGGCGCACGCCGACUGCGACCCGCGCAGCCGCAUCGAGGCCCUGGAGCUGCUGGGCGCAUCGUUCGCCAACGACCGGGAGAACUACGACAUCCAGAGGACGUACCACUACCUGCACAUGGCAAUGAUGGAGCGCUACCGCGACCCCGAAAGCAUCAUCGCCAAGGAGCUGCUGCCCGCCAUCGAGGCCUACGGGGGCCGCAGUGAAUGCCGCACGCUUAAAGACCUGGAGGCCAUCCAGGUGGACCGGGACGCUCUGCACAUGGAGGGGCUGAUGAUCCGGGAGCGCGUCCUGGGCUCGGACAACAUCGACGUGUCGCACCCCAUCAUCUAUCGCGGCGCCGUCUACGCUGACAACAUGGAGUUUGACCAGUGCAUCAAACUGUGGCUUCACGCGCUCCGUCUGCGGCAGAAAGGCAACCGGAACACGCACAAGGACCUGCUGCGCUUCGCCCAGGUCUUCUCGCAGAUGGUGCACCUGAAGGAGCAGGUUCUGGCCUCGGCCGUGGAGCAGGUGCUGAGCUGCAGCGUGCUGGAGAUCCAGCGGAGCAUGGCUCGAGUGGACGCGGCGGCAGAAUCGGAGCUGCCGCAGGCCCUGGACAACUACGAGUCGAACGUUUUCACCUUCCUGUAUCUGACCUGCAUCUCCACGAAGACCACCUGCCCCGACGAGGGGCGCGCCCGCAUCAACAAGCACAUCUACGACCUGAUUCAGCUGGACCCGCGCUCCCGCGAAGGCUCCUCACUGCUCCACCUCGCCAUCAGCUCCAGCACGCCGGUCGACGACUUCCACACCAACGACGUCUGCAGCUUCCCCAGCGCGCAGGUCACCAAGCUGCUGUUGGACUGCGGCGCGCUGGUCAACGCCGUCGACCACGAGGGCAACACGCCGCUGCACGUCAUCGUCCAGUACAACCGGCCCAUCAGCGACUUCCUCACGCUGCACGCCAUCAUCAUCAACCUGGUGGAGGCGGGCGCCCACACGGACAUGACCAACAAGCAGAAGAAGACGCCGCUGGACAAAAGCACCACCGGCGUGUCGGAGAUCCUGCUGAAGACGCAGAUGAAGAUGAGCCUCAAGUGCCUGGCGGCGCGCGCCGUCCGCCAGCACCAGAUCACGUACCGCAACCAGAUCCCCAAAACGCUGGAGGAGUUUGUGGAGUUCCACUGACGCGGACCCGAGAGGACGGACGCUUUGUUCUUUUUAAAGAAUUUCUUAUAAAUUUCUAACAAAUUCAAAACGCUGCUGAAGAUGACGCUUCAGCCCGGGACGCUCGCGAGCGUUUUUAUAAAGAAAGUGUUGCUUCUUUUCUAUUUUAAGUAUUAAUUGCUAAAUACCAGCAGCCAUAGACGGCCGUCUGUCUGUCUGCCUGUCUCUCUGCCUGCCUGUCUGUCUGUCUCUCUGUCUGUCUGUCUGUCUGCCUGCCUGUCUGCCUGUCUGCCUGUCUGUCUGUCUGUCUGUCUGUCUGGGGCUGUGGGAGCAGAGACGGCGCUGCUUCUUGUUUUGCCUUAUCUCCGUGACGGGGAGCCUCCAGUCUGCGUGAGAAGCGGAUGAAUGAGUGAUGUCUGCAGUUUUUUCCUUUUUGCCUGUUUCACUGAAACGGCACGAUGUGGCCCAAAGUAUGUGGACACCCCCUUCCACACUAUACAGCGAAGCGUCGACCUGACGUUAGAGCGGCGCCUCAACAGUUCGGUGGACGACGCGUCUUUUAAACGUCUUGUUUUGUCACUUUAAUUUGAUAUUAACAGAGAAAAGCAGCAAAUCUCCAUAUUUGAGGCUGAAAACUGACAUUUCAACUUGAAACAUUACUUUAAGCGUUUUAUUCUGGCCGACAGAUAGAAGUGUUGCAGCCGCAGCGACGAGGUCACUGGGAUUCAACACUGCUUAAAAAAACUGUUAGAAAUGUUAUGAAUUUUUAAAACUCGUCUUUCACAAGACAGAAGAUUAUCAGAGAAUAGUAAGUGAUCGAUAUCAUUUAGUGUUUGAUUCCUUAUCCUGUCGAUCAUCUCGUUUCUGUUGGAACAUAAAGAAGCACAGAAACUAAGAUUCAGCCGCCCGCUGGGGCGGAGUGGAGGUUCUGCUGCGACCUUCAGGCGUCCACAUACUUUUGGCCACGUAGUGCAUGUUUUCUAGUGGUUAGAAACACCAAUACUCCCCGACUCUGCAGACACUUGUGCAUGAGCUUUUAUUUUGAAAGUGUGAAGACACAAGCACAGAAGUUCUGAAUGUUCUCGCUUUAAGUUGAAAUGAUUGUUGUUGAGCGUGAAGCUGCCGGCGUCUCGUCGUCCUGAAGUCGAUCAUGUGCUGCGGCACGUUUACCAGGUGAAAAUGGGACGGUCUGUUAUUUCUAUGAAUGAAUCUCUUGUUUUAGUUUCUGUUCACUUUGAUUUCUUAUUUAUUUGGCGGCUGGUCGCGCAGCUGCCUUCGUGUCCCGUUUGGAUUUCUGAUUUGUUUAAGAAGGAACCUCCUGAUGGUUGUUGGUUCUGAGUGUUUGGAGCGUCGGGCGUAUUAAGGGAUGAGUCGUUUGGUUUAUAAAAUGUCUCUCAGCGUUUCCCCAGAGGGAACAUUUAAUAAUCCAUCUUCGCUCUGCUGUUUGUCCCUCGUGCAUUUGUACCGCCAACCUUUCCCAAAAUAUUAAUCACUCGUCAUCUUUUAAAACCCAGAAAGGAAAAAGUCAGGACAGGAAGUAUAGAUGCAUUCUUCUUCUUCUUCUGCUAAACUAAAUCUGAGAGUGGAAGGUGACAGUGAUCUGAAUGAUGUGCUGAGGUUUGAAAGAUGGCGGCUAAAGUAAAGUGUGGAAUAACCUUCAUUAUUAACAUUAUUCCUUUAAAUGAUCCGACAGUUUGCACGCUGAGAUUCUGUCUUCAGUGAUCGUACAGACUGAAGUUUGGACUUCAUCCCUUACAAUUGAGACAUGUUCCUGCAGAUUGAAGGAUUAAAGCUCCUCUGAGGGCUCAUUAAGCUCCACCAGCCUCCGUCUUUACAAAGCCCUUUAAAAGCCGCCGCAGUCGAGCCGGAAACAAACGCGUUUGCUUGAUCUUCCCUCCUGAACGUGUGCUUCUGUACAGCCGCUCCAUUAGCUCUGCAAUGAACAUCAGCUGCACCACCUUUUCACAUCCACAAGGGAGGAAUUAAUGAGCUGCUGCACUCACAUCCUGCACAUCCUACACAUCCAACACAUCCAACACAUCCAGCACAUCCAACACAUCCAACACAUCCAACACAUCCUGCACAUCCAACACAUCCUGCACAUCCAACACAUCCAACACAUCC